AUGCGGAUAUUUACGAUCCGAUUGAGCCAAAAAGAGGCGCCAAAGUCUACAGAGGAGAUUGUUCGCCUAAUUCCGGUGACGAAACGGGCCGACACUGCAGAAGUGACACCAACAGCUCCACUUCUCUUCGCCGCUGUCAACGGGGACGCGCAAGAGGGUGUCAUCGAGCGCUUCUUCAACUUUUUCGGCAUCGAGACGCACAGCUGUCACUCAGACACCGAUUGCAUCGCGAAAGGCUCGACGACUUGUGUUUCUCACUGGUUCGGAUUCACGUCCGAUUGCCAA